AUUAAACUCCCGAAAAAUAGAAUUUUAAUUAAAUGUUUUGCAAUAAAAAUGAAAUUGCUUUGCAAAUAACUCAUACUUGAGUUAUUUCAUUAAAUUUUGUCACAAUGAAAUAGUUGUUUUCUGAUAAAAAUAAUCAGUAAGUGCUAAAACCGGUAACGAUAGAGCUAUAUUCAAAACAAAACGGAACACCUCUAAAUUAAAAAUACAAAAAAAUGACAGUGGAACAAAUAGUAUAAUUUGUGAUGAAAUUGUUUUACCGAGUGAAAAAUAGUUGAAACAGGUAAAAACAGCUUUGGUAAUCAUGGAAGCCGUUCCAAAAUUACCUAUGAUAAGUUUUGAGCUGAAGGUGAGCCACGAGAAUACGCAUUUUGGACCUAAAUUGAAACAGUACAUCGCGGAAGCUUAUAGGGAGGAUCCGGACAGCUAUAGCAAUGAGAUCCAUCAGUUGGAAGGUCUGCGGUCAGUGGCCGUACGACCUACUAUUGAUUCAGCGGGUUUGAGUGCCCUCAUCAGGUACUUUUGCCAGCUGCGGUCGCUGCAAAGCCGUUUCCCUAUGUCUAAAGGUCAACCCGCUGCGUGUUCCUUCAGCUGGAAAGACUUAUAUGCAAAUAUGAACAGAACACUAGCAGACAUAAGGUUUGAAAUGGCUAGCAUCCUUUACAAUGUAGGGGCACUCCUCACUCAACUGGGAGCUUCAGAACCAAGGAACACGGCCGACAGCCUCAAGGCAGCUUGCACCAACUUCCAGCACGCUGCGUGGGUGUUCCAGUACUUACGGGAACAGUUACCGCAGCCAUCCGGAGUGGAUGUAUGCUCCGAAAUCAUGAGGAUGAUGCAGGAGAUUUGCUUUGCUCAGGCACAAGAAUGUAUUUUGGACAAAAGUAUUCAGGAUACAAGGAAGCCAAGUGUUGUUGGUGCUGUAGCAACUCAAGUGAUGUACUUCUACAAAAAUUCCCUAGCGUUCUUGGGCCCAUCUUCAGGCAUUGAUGUUGUCCAUGAGAUUAUUGGGACGAAGUUGUACAAUUACUGGCACAGAUACCUCUCGUUCAAGUUUUCUUAUAUUGGCUGCGUUGUUUGCUUGUACCAAGGGAUGAACGCCGAAGAACAACAGAAGAUGGGCGAGCGGGUAGCCUUUUACCAGCAAGCUGUGGAAAAAUUAGCAGACGCUAGAAAACUAGCCAAGUACAUUGAACCGACACAAGUGACGCAAGAAGCUCUCACGUUCACCAACGAUGUGGUUGAAGGGAAGAGAAAAGCUGCUAAGAAUGAAAAUGAGUUUAUUUAUCAUGAGGAAGUACCGGAGAAGGAUUUGCUAUCUGAUAUGAAGCCGGUCUGCCUUGUGAAGGCUCUGCCGAUUAACUUUAACGAUCCUGAGGUGUCAGGAGCCGACGUGUUCUCUCGCCUGGUCCCGAUGAUGGCCCACGAGGCGUCGUCAGUGUACUCGGAGGAGAAGGCACAGAUGUUGCGCAGAGUCGUCACUAUGGUGGAGGCCAAGAACACUGAGCUCACUGAGUUCAUGUCCUCGUUACAACUAGACCAGUUGGAUGUCAUCGAUUCUGUUCAGAAAGUGCCACAAGAGAUCGUGGACCGCUGCGCCGCUAUGAACGCCAAGUCUGAGAUCAUUCAGACGUUGGUGGAUUCAAUGAACAACCUUGCUGAAGUCAUUAGCGAUGUCGAGGAAGCCUUGAGCGAAAUCAAAGAAAUUAUACAGGAGGAGAUAACAAAAGAGAAGGAGUUCCAGAAGGUGACGGGUCCCCGGCCGCCGUCCAUCAUCCAGACGGAGCUGUCCCGCGAGGCGACGAAGUACGGCGAGGCGCACGCGCGCAGCACGGACAGCAACGCGGUGCUGCACAAGGCCAUGACGCUGCACGUCGCCAACCUGCGCCUGCUGGCGCUGCCGCUCGACCAGCUCGCCGCCAAGAUACCCAGCAUCGACAACAUCGUGGGUCUGGACCGCGAAACGAUGGCGGAGAUGCGCCGCGUGGUCGGCAAAGUCCGUGAGAUGCAAACUCAGCGCGACUCGCUCGUACAGCAACUGCGGGAGGCCGUCACCAACGACGACAUCACCUCGCAACUGCUCGCCAGGAACAACGAGCCCAAGGAGGAGAUAUUCAAACAGGAGCUCAAGAAACAUACGCCUACGGUUCAAAUAAUAGAGGCUAACCUAGCAGCUCAGGAGAAUAUAAUAAACAAACUGACGUCUGUAUACGCGGCGUACGGAGACUCCAGGCGAUUGCUGUCCGAUGUACUGAGGAAACGAGAGGGACUUAUUAAUGCAUUGAUAACAUCGUACGAUUCAUACACGGAGUUGCUGGGCAAGUCGACCAAAGGGUUAGAGUUCUACAAGAAGUUGUCGCACAACGUGACCGCGCUACUGACCAGGCUGCGGGCCAUCGCGCAGGUACAGGGCGAGGAGAGGCAACAACUUGUCAAUGCCGCCAAUGAGAAGGCAUCGACCCCGACCCCCGCGUCGAGUCCGUCAUCAGUCCACGUCCCCGAGCCGUCCCCGGCGCCUGCGGCGGCGGGCGCGGCGCCCGCGGGCGGCGGCCGGAAGCUCAAGGACUACCUGCCCUACAUGAAGAACAGGACCGGCCGGACUGCUACACCACAAGCACCCGUGGACCCCAUUCCCCUAGAUUCUUACUACCCUGACAGCAUAUAUCCUACAUCCGUACGACCUACACCCGUCGGCUCCGAAGCCGCAGACGCAAGUCAGAUGCAAUUACCAGACGGAGUGGUAAUGCCCCAACUACAGGCCGUGCCCAGUCCGUACGACCGGUACUUGUACGGUCCGACAGACACAGACCCGUACGCUAUCCCCUCAACCUACCUAUUCCCAGCCACCAGCAAGUUUGAGAAACCACAAGAAGACCAUAACUACGGAUACACAGCAUACACACCGUCACAGUUUUCAGCUAAUUCCUCGGAGCAACAAAUAUACUCGAACCCUUACUACUCCAAUUCUUACGGUCAGCACAAUAACACAGCUGUCACAGACUCGCAAAACUUCUCCAAUGUGAGUCACAAUGUUCCCAACCAAGGUUACGAGCCCUAUAUAAACCCAAUGGGUCCUAUACCAGAGUCGUCUCUCUCAGCCGCCUCCGCCUACAGCUCGGGGAACCAAACCGACAUUAUCACGAACUUUGCACAAAUGCAGGUGAAGUCUGAACCAGAGUAUGGCGCGGAUUAUACACAGACGUUCUACAGUGUGCAGUACCCCAAUGUAUCGACACCGGGCUCCGCUGCCUACACCAGUGCGCCGCAGAACUCUAAUACGAGCCUCACUCAGUCACAGAUCAAUUCUGAGUACAGUUCCCUGAACUAUCCUUACAGUAACGAGUCCACUCAGUACAGCCAGCAGGUCCCAUUUACGUCAGCGGACACUAGCUACAACUACUCCAGUACAUUCGCGUCCACGUCCCAGGGCUACACGUACACUAACGCCAUCACUUCCACCACCUCCAGCAUCGCCAACUCCAGCCAGCAUCCAUACUCAUACCCAACUGAAGUGGACUCCACCUACAACCCAGCUCUAUCUCAGUUGGACGCCUUCGACAAACCGAUAAAGUCGCACACGACAGGCGAAGCUCUCUCCAACUCUAGCUUCCAACCAUCGUACCAGAACUAUAGCUCCACCACUACCAAUUACUCUAGCCAACCUGAGCCAUAUCAUCCAACCAGUACUUAUGGCUAUGUUGAUCAAACAAACCCCAGCUACGCGCAGUCUUUCCAGAACCAUCCGGGCUAUAACUUCAACUCUGCUACAGGAAACUAUGAGUACAAUUUUGGAUCACAAAACUCUUUUUCUGGCUUUGAUAACACUGUACCAGACAGUGCUAACUAUCAGCCGGCGGAGAAGGACCAGGGUUGGGGCCAACAAGCUAUAUACACUAGCGCUGGGAAGAUUGGGACAUGUGAAACUGUACAGUCUCCUACUGAUAGCUCACAGAUAGUGCCACAGAUGCCCGCACAGCAACACAUGCCUUCGCAGCAUCAAAUGCCUUCACAGCACCAAAUUCCUGGUCAGCAGCAAUUGCCCGCGCAGCAACAAGUACCCGGACAACAACAAGUGCCUGGUCAGCAACAAGUGCCUGGACAGCACCAAUUGCCCGGGCAACAACAAGUACCUGGACAGCAACAAGUUCCUGGGCAACAACAAAUGCCAGCGCAGCAACAAUUGCCCGGGCAACAACAAAUGCCCGGGCAGCAACAAAUGCCUGGACAACAUCAAGUGCCCACACAACAGCAAUUGCCUGCGCAGCAAUCUAUUGACUCUCAGAUAUACUACAACAGUGCUUACGGGUACCAGGCAGCCACUACACCUUCUCAGGAGCCGUCAGACCUUCAGCUCGCCAACAACUACGUACCGAACGUGAACCAGGCGGGAUACGUGACGUCACACACUAACCAGACCGGGUACACUGCGAGCAAUACAAACCAGACUGAGUAUGUAGCAAGCCAUACGAACCAAGUACAAUACGUGCCGUCUAACACCAGCACCAACAGCCAGGCUGGGUACAUGACACCCAACACUAGCCAACCAGGAUACGUGGCCCCUAACACCAGCCAGACAGGAUACGUGCAGUCUCCACAAGACCACCACGUCCCGUACAAUACCAGUCAAGUGUCGACAGAGAAUCACAGUGUAAAUGAGCAAAAGUUAGAGAGUGAUACUAACGUAGAUAGUGAAGCUACGAGUGACGAACAGAAAGUACCGGAGAAGGCUGCGGUUGAAGUUCAUAAGACUCCAGAGGUCAAAUCUAAGUUGACAGCCUUCGAUCUGUUGUCCGAUAUAGAUUUUACAGUAGAACAAACUCCUUUAAUGCCGGAGAUCAAGGUCCCGCAGAUAUCUGAAAGUGCUAUUCGGAAGCCUGUAGCUCCUAAAGUCGAGCCUGAGAAGAAGAUACCAAUAAAGAAGGAGGUUAUUGAGAGACCUGCAAAAAGGGACCUGUUCUCCGACCCUAGUUUGCUGAACAAGUUUACUCAGGAAGUGAAGAAUUUGCAGAAAUUAACUGAUUCUUUGACUGAUAAGUCGCCGAGUGGUUUGACUGUGUUAGAUGCUAAAUGGAAGUCCUUCCAAGAUUUCCAGACAAAGCAGAACAUGACGAGGUCCAAGACCAUAGCCAUGCAGCACACUAACGGCAACAUAGUGACGGAAGUUGUGCCGUUCGAUGACUCCCGCCUCACGCUCAAGUCUGAUCCCGACGCCUUUAUCAACGCCUCUUAUUAUAAGCAACUAGCCUCAUGGUGCAUUCCACUAGUGAUAUCGAAGAACCCGACUGAGUCUGAGUACGGUAUCUUCUGGAAAGCAGUACUAGAGAAUAAAAUUAGCUGUAUUGCUUGUUUGUUGAGUGAAAUCGAGAUGCAAGGCAAGACCUACUGGCCAACAGCUAAAGGCCAAUCCCUGGAGCUAUCCGGUCUGAAGGUGACAUUGGACGAGGUGACGUGCACCGUGCACUGGACGGAGAGGAAACUGACCGUUGCCAGCGGGAAGACUGUACUUAAUGUCACUCAUUAUCAGAUCAAUGUGUGGCCUGCUAAGAUCGUUUGCUCCCCCCUGGUGCUGCUAGCAGAUAAGAUCCUAAGCCAGACGUACGACAAUAAGCUGUCGAACCAGUUGUGUGGGGGGUGGUUACAGUGCGGGGCGGGGGCCGGGCGGAGCGCUGUACUAGCGCUGCUUAUUAUGGCCAUGUGCCAAGUCAGAGCUGGCCAACUGGAACUCUGUGAUAUGUUAGACGCGGGCUGCUUGAACCUGUACAACCACAGGAGCAACGUGUUGGAAGACACCAAGUACCUGGCGGAUGCGUACAGAACUGCUUUAUUCUACGUACAGGGAGUUCUCUGUUCUGGUACCACAAUGUUCAACGGCGAGGCGGUGUCCCUACCAUCAGGAGCGGCAGUGCUACCCCCAGUAACUCCGACACCAACAAACGCUUCCACUGCUAGCCAAAAAACAACGAAAUUCUCCCGCGAAUCCUUCGAAGAGAUGAAACAAUCCCCAGGGUUGAAGAGUGGAGAUAUGAAGGAUCCUCUCAACUUCCUCGACCCACUCUGGAGUCUCAAAAAGAAGUGAGGUGCUGUCCUUUAGUCGUUUCAAACGAUUUAGUGGUUUAUGACGUCAGGAGUCAGUGAUACUCAACUUUCGGACCGCAGUUUGGAUCUCACGCUGUAUUGAAAAGAAAAGUUGCUUGUCUUGCGGCCCCUGAUAAAGUAAGGUUGAGUACCCCUGCAGUAAAUAGAUAGAGCAUUGGACAAAAUUUAUAGUAUUUGUGAUUAUCUUUCUCAAACACGAAGUGCCGAUUGUUUUUGAAACGUUAUUUUAGAUUUAAUGCUAUUACGUGGUUCUUAUAAAAUUAACCCGUUGUGUCUCAAAGGACGAAAUAGAAUAUUCAAAUUGUAGUUAGACAUUCAUCUUAUGAAAUAGGAUUUAUAACAUAAGGUAAUUCCACGUUAAUUAUUAUUUAUUUUAUAUUAUUCUGUAGAUAAAGUUGUAUUGUAAUUCGCAUUUAAUUUGACAUUAGCAUAUCGCGAUUAUUAUGUAUGGAGUUUGUACCGCAAAUCGAUAAAAUGAAGAAAUCAAAAGAUUUUCACUUCUUUCCAAGGAUUAAAGAUAUCAACAUAAAUUUUUAAUUAAUUAUCAGUGGAGUAGAUAUAAAAAAGAAAUUAUGUAAAAACCCUGUCAAUAUAUUGUAGAAACAGACUUAAAUGUGUAUAUGUAUGCUUAUGUAUCUGAAAAUGCAAACUGCGAUAUUGUCUCAAUUUUACCGAAUUUCCGAAAAGUAUUAUUUUAUUGUAUUAGAAAGGGCUUUGUAUUAUGUAUUUCUUGAAUACAACCUUACUUUUUAAAUUAAUCAGAUAAUACGGCUUACCCACGUAACUGUUCGAGCUUGCUCUACUAAUUUCGAGUUGCGACCGGGGUUCAUAAACGUGAUCAGAUCAUCCGACGUCGGGUAGCCAAUAGAUACAUGAGUAAGCUGUAUUAUCUAAUUAAUUAUGUUAAUAUAUAGACUAUAAAAUCUUAAGUUUAUUUGAAAUGGGUCACUGUUCUCAUAAAUUUGAAAAACUUAAGGGAUCAACGUUUUCAAUUGCAGAAAUAAAUCCGUCGUUGUUACAUUUACAAUUAUUAUUGUGACGAUGAUUAUUAGUAUAAUGGUGCAAUUUUUAAGUAUUUUUCAUAAUAAGUUUCAAGUAUAGAAAAAGACAUUUCCUUUUUUUUUUUCUUCUUUGGCAACCGAGUCUCCAAAAAGACAUUUACUUGAAUUAUUUCUGUACCUUAGGUUGGUUGACGCACGUGUCAUUUUAUUCUCUGUCGUGUGCCAUAAAAACAAAACCUUUUAGGCUCUUAAAGAUUUUAGAGAUUGCUUAUAUAAUAGAAGAACUGAUUUUGUAUCAUCAUUGUAGCCAGAAAAUUAUUAGACGUAUUCAUUCUUCUGAGCAAUUAUGGAAUUUAUAAUUAGACAUAAUAUGUAUUUCAAUAGUUUCUCUGGUAUUAUUUAGCACAACAAAGUAUUGGUAAUGAUACUACAUUCCUUGUUUUACUUUAUGUUAGAUAUAAAUAACAUUAAAUGACGUAAUUUCUAUGUAUUUGUUAAAAGUUUAAACAAUGUUGAUAUUUUCAAUCGGAUUUGAACCUCGCACUACUGAGAUAGCAAUAGCCACGCACCGACAAAUAUCAAUAUUGUCAAUUUUAUAGUUUUUGUAUCUAGUACCUAAUCAUGAAAGCAGCUUAAUGAAAUGUUCGAACAUUAUUAUUGAUAGUUAUUUGAAUUUUCAUACAUUUUAAUAAAAAGUUAAUUUUGUAUUAUUACUUAUAAAGUGUAACGAAUAUUUAAUACGUGUAGUUGAUAUUCAUAGCAUAUACUCAAAUAAAAUUAUUUGGACUGACUGCUUUU